UCUUUCUCAUCUCUAAUAGGCUAGUUGUUUAAAACACGUUAUCAGCACGAUUUGUUUUUAGAGUUCGAUCGUAUUAUCACAAGCGCCAUUGCUUUGGAUCACACCAUCGUAAGUUAAUCAUGUCGAAUCUUGCAAAGCUUGAGUUUAUGGCUUUAGACAUCACUGGAAAAAAUUAUUUAUCAUGGGCUUUGGAUGAUGAAAUCCAUCUAAAUGCCAAUAACCUUGGGGAUACAAUUAAAGAAGGAAAUAAAACAAGUACCCAAGAAAAAGCAAAGGCAAUGAUUUUCUUACGCCACCAUAUUCAUGAGUCAUUGAAAAAUGAAUAUCUUACUAUCAAAGAUCCACUCGUUCUAUGGAUCAAUUUAAAAGAAAGGUAUGACCAUCAGAAAACAGUAAUAUUACCAAGAGCUCGUUAUGAAUGGAUUAAUUUAAGGUUGCAAGACUUUAAGUCUAUAAGUGAGUAUAACUCAGCAAUGUUUAGAAUCACGUCACAAUUGAUUCUAUGUGGUGAAAAUAUUACAGAUAAGGAGAUGUUGGAAAAAACAUUCUCCACCUUUCACGCCUCAAACAUUGUCUUGCAACAACAAUAUCGUGAAAGGGGCUUCACCAAAUACAGUGACUUAAUAUCAUGUUUGCUUGUGGCUGAGCAAAAUAAUGAGCUACUGAUGAAAAACCAUGAAACUUGUCCGGUUGGUACAACCCCAUUCCCAGAAGUGAAUGUGGCAACAUAUAAUGACCAAAGUGGAAGUCACGGACGUGGUCGUGGCUAUCAACGUGGGCGUGGUCAUGGUCGUAGUCAUGGUCGUGGUCAUGGACGUGGUCGUGGACGUGCAUAUGGUCGGGGAAUUAUCAUGGUGUUCAAUUCAAAAAUAGAAGAACCCACCAGAAGUUGCAUGAUAAUGAAAAAAAUCAAAUGAUGAAAGAGGUAAAAAGAAAAGUGGAACAUCAUCUAAUGCAUGCUAUCGAUGUGGUGGUAACAACCACUGGGCUGGUACAUGUCGUACAGCCAGACACUUAGUAGAGCUUUACCAACAAUCUAUAAAAGACAAACAAAAAGGAAUAGAGACAAAUUUCACAUAUAAAGAUGGAAAUGUUGAUGUCCCAAGUGGUGAAAAGGACCAUACUAAUGCAACUAAUCUGGAUUAAGAUGAUUUCCUUAUCGAGCAAGCUAAUUUGGAUUCUAGUGAUAUCAUGGCUGAUACAAACCAGUUGGAUGCUUGCAAUUUUCCCUAUGCAUGAAUGAUUAUAUUUAAAAUUAUGCUAUUUCCUUGAUGUUUUAUUAAGACAUUUUGUUUGGGA